AUGGAAUCAUAUUUCGACAACAUGACAACCUUUACGCUUUUCAAGCCGUAUAAAAUUGAAGAGAAGCUCUCUCGGAUGCAAUCCGUAACUGAAGCUGAAGCUUUAGUAGCCGCGAUAUUUGCCUUCGCUGCGAGAUUUCAUUCGUCUUUCAGUACGCCAUCUCGUCCUACCGAGUGCCCUCCACAUUCUCAUUUCGCUUGCAUCGCCUCAAAACGCUUGAAUGAAGUUCUUGAACAACUUGACGACGCAGUGGCUCCACUAUGGCUCCUACAGGCCUAUAUUCUCUUAACCUUUUACCAAUUGACGCAAAGUGUCCGGUCGAAAUCAUGGAGGCAUCUGGGGCUUUGCGUCAGACUAGCAUACGAGCUGGACCUUCAUCGAGUCGAUUUUCGAUCCAAUCAACGGGUAGAUGGAGAUAACCACAGCAUCGAUGCGGAGCACUGGUCCAUGCUGGAAGAGAAAAGAAGAGCUUGGUGGGCCAUCUGGGAGAUGGAUGUUCUUGCCAGUGCCAUUAGGCGCCUGCCAAUGGCUAUCAACUGGAGCUAUAACUUCACGUUUUUACCAGUUCCAGACAGCUGCUGGUUUAGCGAUAGCCCCCAAAAGAGCUGUUAUCUGGCUGUGGCUCCGAAUCUCCGCUGGAAACACUUGCAGGAGUCAGGCAAUCUUAGCCCGAAAGCUUGGUACAUCGUCAUCAACUCCUUUGUGUACAAUUGCCAGUUGCUUCUGUCGGAUCAUAAGCUCUAUACCGAUUCAACGACAAAUAUGGCCGAUUUGACCAUUCUAGCCAACUCUCUGUACUGCACCACUAACUCCCUUCCCUCUGACUUUACCUAUCAUGGGCAGGCUCUAGAUUUCCAGACCAGAAGGUUUUCACAAGAUAUCAGCUGUCACCAGUUUCACAACGACAUAUAUUGCAUCCACAUUAUGACGCAACUCGUCCAGUUCAUGAUCUUUUACCAUCAGAUCGCUGCUGAGGCACCUUGGAUGGCGGGAUUUGACGCAAACAAUCUGAAAACAGGAAAUGAAAACAAGAUUUCUAAUCAUCCAUUAUGGUCAAACUAUAUGAAGGCCGCCGAAGAUGUUAUCACCAUGGUACGUAAUAGCUCUGGUGAGCACUACAAAUAUGUCAAUCCCUUUAUGAUCAACACGCUAUGGAUUGCCGCUGCGGCACAAAUCGCCUGCCGCAUCUUUGGGCCUUUGUCCUUCAACAAGCAAUUGGCGGAAUCGAAUUAUGAGCUCCUCUGCCUCAAUAUGGAUCGAUCUAUCAUUUUCUGGUGUGGCAUGGAUAUUCUGAAGCGUAGAUUGGCCGGGGUCGAGGCCUUGUUGAAAAGCUUAGCCGCAAGACAAGGCGAUGAUAGAAGCCCGAUAAAUUUGGCUGGAUUCAUGACAUCGGGGAUGAUGGCCUCUCACCAAGAAUCCAAUGUUUUUGAUUCGACAAAUGUCUCCGAUUCCAUAACACACCCUUCAAUGAGUUCGAAUAUGCUGCCUUUCAUGCCGCUUCUUGAUGGCAGCAUCGAACCACAUGCUUCCAUAGACUAUAUGGACUUUUUUGCUGGUAUUGAACAUAUUUUUCCUUAUGAUACAUACGAUUCAUGA